UAAACAUGGCGGAAGAAGGCGGAAGUGUGAACUCAGCACCACUGCCUCCAAAGCGACCUACUAUUAUAAGAUAUGGAAAUACAGAAGGAUUGGAGAAUGGAACUGCAGUAGCACCACCGAUUCCAGCAAGAGCAGCGCCACCUCCCCCAGUGCCUAGGCCUAGUAAAGAUUCAGGGGUACCCCCACCUCUUCCCCCAAGUCCCAAACCCCUCAUAGGAGAUGGCCCCCCACCAUUGCCCCCAGGGCCAAGGCCUGUCACAGAUGCAGGUGGUGGCCCCCCACCAUUGCCGCCAGGGCCCAAGCCCAUCACAGAUGCAGGUGGCCCCCCACCAUUGCAGCCAGGGACAAGGCCUGUCAGUGAAAUGGUAGGGCCACCAAGGCCAAUACCCCCUAAACCGGGACCCCCACAGAGACCAGUAGGUACACCCCAGGUUCCAACCAAGCCAUCACCGCCCUCAGUGGCUCCUAAGAACGCUGGUGUGUCUUCUAGUUCUUCAUUUUCCAAACCUCCCCCAGCAGUGCCUGUCAAGUCUUCCAAACACGGUGGCAGUGUGAAAAAGAGGCCAGAAAUUACCAUAGUAGCUGCUAGACCUAUGAGUGAAGUUGGGUUCAGAGAAAGUGAAAAUGUCACACCUGAGGUACCUUCCAGCAUUUCCCUUAAACCAGCAUCUCCUACUCCCCCUUUUAACAACAGAUCAUCAGAAGAGGGUGAGCCUCCGCCUCCAAACAAUGAUGUGCAGAGGUCAAACCCAGCAAUUAGUGGAAAACCAGCGAGGCCAACACCCGUAUCAAGACCAAAAAGUUGUCACCCUGGCUUAGAAGGGCACGCUGGCAGCAGUGCAAGUCAGAUAAGCACAAAGUCAUUUUGGAAGGACCCUGCUGAAGGUGACUGUGGAUUUCCCAAGAGGGAGCCACCUUCUAAGCCAAGCAAACCCCCACCAAGGCCCGUGUCACUUCAGGGUGGGGCUCCUCUUGAAGGGCGGGGUCCUCCGCCACCUAUUCCAGCAUCAAGAACCAAAAAUAUGACAACUCCACAGGCUGAAGAAGAACCAGCUCCUCCACCCCCUAAAAGGUCCACUUCCUUAAAAAAGCAAAGCAAUGACAUGCAGCAAGGUGAACCAGUGGAGGAACUGAUAUCUUUUGAAGAGACCUUAUCCACAGAGGAGCAGCCCCCACCAAAAUUACCAGGGAGGCCAACAAUUAUUUCACGUCCAAAAGUAAAAAAAGAGGUGGCCACAGAAGCUGUGGUGAGUGACUUGGGUGGAUCAGAAAGGGGGGAUUCUGGUACAAGAAAGCCACCUCCCUCUGUUCUUCCACCAAAGCCAAAGCCAAAACCACAGCCAAAACCUAUAAAGACUGAAACAAGUACUCAGAACAAAUUUGAAGAACCUGAGAACAUGGGUAAUAUUGUAGACAAAAACUUGACAGAACUUGGUGCUCACAGUGCUAAACCGUCUGUUGCAAAGAGGCCAACGGUUAUUAGAAGUCUUCCUAAAAGUUCCAUGGAUAAUGGUGCAAAACAAGAGGAUUCUCUUGCCAGUCCUUUGAAACUGACAGACUUUGAUCCUCUGGCAACUAAAGCCUACUCAAAUGUGUCAAAAUUAAAAGAAGACAUUAAAACUACAGAACCUGCUAAACCUGUAGAAAUUAAACCUCCAAAGCCGUCUUUCAGGCCAACCAUUAUUCCCAAGUCAAACUCAGGUCUAUUUAAGGGGAGUAAGGAAAAUAUAAGUAACAAUUCUGAUAAUCUGCCUAAACAACAGGCUGUUGAAACAAACCAAACUUCAGGUGUAGAUCUUUUAACAGAUGACAUACAUUUAACUGAAGGAGAAGUCGCAGGAAAAAAUAAAAAGAUAUCUCCCUCAAGACCCUCAGCCCCCCCUGCUGCAAUGCCCUCAGUACAGAGUAACACAGCAGUGCGAAACCUGAUGGAUGCAGAUAUAACAGUGGAUGAGAAGAAAUCCUCCCCACCUGGGAGACCAAAAAGCAUGCCUCCACCACGCCCCUCCGCUAACCCUCCACCAAGGCCUGCAGUGGCUGCCCCAUCCAAACACAGCCCACCUAAGUCAACCAAACUGACUGGGGCAAAGCCAAAGACUGCAGGGACAUCUGAACCUCCUCCCCUCCCUACACGACCAGGCCCAGGUCAUCCCCUGUUCCACUAUGUAGUGGAGGGACCCCACGGCAUAGCAGCUUAUGACUAUGAUUCCAGCCAACCAGAUGAGCUGUCUUUUAAGUCUGGUGAUGUCAUAGUUCUGUUGCGGCGUGUGGAUGCUGAUUGGUUGUUUGGCAGAAAUGGUGUCAAAGAAGGCAUGUUCCCCCAAGGCUUUGUGGAUAUAGUAGAACCUCUGCAAGAAGAGCUGUGGGAAGAGGAGGCCCCAGAGAAGCCAGAUCUGUUAACUGGUCCUCGUUGCCGCGCACGCUUUGACUUUGAUGGUGAAGGUGAGGAUGACCUCAACUUUGAAGAUGGAGAUGUCAUUGGACUUCUGGAGAGAGUAGGCGAUGAAUGGUUGAGAGGAUGCCUAAAUGGCAAAGUUGGUGUUUUUCCUCUCUCCUUUGUAGAAAUCAUUGAAGAUUUGCCACUGUCUCCUCCAGAGACAGGGAUUGCUGGAAGGGAGGGCGAUACAGGGUCAGUGGCUGUCACAGCUCAUGCAAUGUAUGAUUUUGAUGGGCAAGAUGGGGAGCUCAGUUUUAAGGCUGGAGACCAGAUAAAGGUGCUUAGUCAGGUCAAUACUGAUUGGCUGUAUGGAGAGCUCAAUGGCCACAGUGGUAGUUUCCCUGCUGGGUUUGUGGAUCAUGUCCCCCCUGGAUUGCCACCUUUUCAGGAAGCCAAGCAGUCAACUAAUAACAAGGAAAAUGUGCCUACUCAGAAGGGGCCAUCUUCCUGUGUUGCACUUCACUCCUUCACAGCAGAGGCAGCAGGGGAACUGACCAUUAUGGAAGGUGACAAGAUUAUCAUCACAGAGCACGUCGGGGAUGGCUGGCUCAAGGGCAAAUUAGGUGGAAAAGAGGGAAUUUUCCCAGAGGCUUUUGUGAAGAUCUCCAAUGAUGAGCAAGGUACAAAACCUAGCAGUUCCAGUGAGUAUGCACCCAAAGCCAGGGCUCUACAUGACUUCGAGGGACAAGGAGAUAAUGAGCUGUCUUUCAAGUCUGGUGAUGUGAUAUACCUCCUGGAGAAAAUUAAUGAAGAUUGGUACAGUGGAGAGCUGGGGAACAAGGUGGGACAGUUUCCUGUCAACUUUGUGGACAUUCUUGUGGCUCUGCCGUAGAAACUGAAAAACAAUGGACUGCCACAGUGCUGUGGUUAUUUUGUAAAUUCCUGGUGCUAAUUUGUUGAAUAUGACAUUUGUAAAAAGUAAAGAUACUGUGUCCAGCAGAGGUAAAGAACAUUAUCACCAGAUUUUUAUAUGAUACAAGGUUGCCAAAAUUAUCAUUGUCCAAGUUGGGCCCCUGAACCCUAUGCCAUAUUUUCCAUCUUUUUGCACUAAAUGGCAUUAUCAUCCCUGAUUAUGUGUAUGUGUUUGUAUUAUUAUAUUGAUUGGUGCUGUAGCCUUGAUGGGAAAAGAAUAACUGAACAGGUGCAUUCCAUACACAUGUUCCCAUUUUCUAAUUAAAUGAUUAUUUUAUGACAGCAGGUGCCUUACAGUUUGAGAUAUUUUACAAAAGUAAGCCCAUAUAUGCACACUCAGAGUAUUAUAUUUUUACUUGAAGAUUUAUAGAACAUGGUGACCUUAUUUUAAAUGUGAAGGUGAUAGAAAGGUGAACUAAAGGCAUUUUAUAAGAAGCUCAUUGUAACAGAAAAACUUGUCACAUUUUUGUUGUUAUAUGAUAUAUAACUAGUGAUCGUUGUUUUGUGACUUUCGUGAUGUUUGGAUUGUCAAAAUUGUGAGAAAUGUUUUUGUUAGAAUUUCUUUUGAAAGUAACUUUUGUAAAGUGAGAUUCACAAUAAGAUUGUACUCAUGUUAUGUUAUACUGAAAUUACCAACAUUAAAUUUUCAGCUUUGUAUUAAUAUAUUUUUGCUACACAUCAUUUAAGGCAACUUAUUUUCAUUCCACAAAAGCUGAAUACGUGUUCAUUAAAAACUCUGUGUAUUAGUACUGGUAUAACAGUCCUGGCAUCAACAUCACAUGAGUGGGUGUGAUACCAUGAGUCAUUAAAAUAUGUUGGGUUAUAUAUACUUUUUUCUUCAUGGGCCAGAAAUGUAGUAUGUACCCCACUUAAACAGUAAUUUGACUCUCUAUGUCAGUUAUGAACACCCUUACAAUGAAAAUAGUGGUUUCCCAGCUUUCACCUUGAAUUUUUCUCACCGAAAGCAUUUGUAACAGCAGCUUACAUUUGGUGUCCCAUAAAGUAUAAUUUUAUACCAGUGGUUGGCAAUAACUUUGGAAUCGUCUGACUAAUAUUGAAUGAUGAUUUAUUUCCAUUCCCCAUUCUGUAUUUGACAAUCAUAUUGAAUGAUGUGAAAACCCAUUAUAGUGACAGGAAAAGAAGUAAUUAUUGAAAACGUAGGAUGAGCCUCUGAGGAAAUUAUAUUAAUUUAUUCGACAUCAGCAGGAGUUAACACAAAUGACCAACGCUAAACCUUUUUUUCUAUUGAUAAAAUUCCAUUUCCACAUAAGGAAAGUAACAUAUAAAUUUCAGUAUAGCGACCUUUUUUUUACAUGGAAUCAAAGGGGUUUAUGGAUGUUAAGGUCUUGGAAUAGUUCAUGGGAAUCGAAUUUAUACUCCUGAUAUAGCAGAAAUUAUCUUAAAUAGAUAUUAUUUUUUACAUCUUAUAAUUUUACAGUGUUAUAGUGGGUUUUCUGUUUGUACAACAUAAUGUAAAAUCUACAUUAACCUAUAGUCUGUAACUUGAUAUGAAGUGCAUGAUUCAGUUUUCGAUGUGACAUAUUUUUCUUUUAAAAUAUACUGUAUUUAUGGAGUUGAUUUAAGAGUCAGUUGAACAAAGUGUGCACGAUUCUCUUUAUUUUGACUUGAGAUUAUUAGGGAUUUUGUCAAGUAUAACUAUAUCUCCCAGUAGGAUUUUUAUAAUGUAUUUGGUUUAGUUAAAAUGUUAACGUUUAGUGCAUGGUUCAGUUACUGACAAAAUAGAUUCCUCUAAAAAUUUGUGUAAGUUUCUUGUCGCAAGAAAUGAAACAUGUAUAUAAAUGUAUAAUGUUUAGUCAUAAGAUGCACUGGCACAGUAAAAUAAUUAUGAAUAAUUAAGAUUCCACGAGUUUCCUAGAAACGAUAUCAUAUCAGUGGCAGCUUAUCUCCAGUGAAAUUCUCAGUAGCCAUUACUAAAACUAAUAUCCUGUUAUAGAGGCAGUCUCCAUGGAAAAUGGAUGUGAACAGGACUGAAGAGUGCUAUGUAGAUAGUAUUAUCAUAUGCGAAUGCAAAUUAAGUUGUCAUUCACAACAAAAUAAAUCUUUAAGUUAUUACAAAAUGGAUGACAUAACAUCAUCGGCGCACUCGAGCUGUGAUGAGUCUCUUGAUUAAGGCUUUACGCAUAAGUUCAUUCUGUUGCUGGAACUAUUUCUUUUGAGUUAUACACUUGAUCACCAUUCACUGACUUAAAUAAACUGUAUGCACCAGUACAGUUAGUAUUUAGCGGCACCAGAGCAUCUUGUUUUAAGAAACAACAGGAUAAUGUGGCGUCAAGCUGUCAGUUAAGGCUGUCAUUUUCUUAAAAUUAAUCGGUUUCACGAGCUGGACUUGUGAUGGGUUGCUACUAGUACAAACAAAAUGUGAAAUACAAGGGGUGUGCAAAUGUUGUGAACUGGGUUAAGCAUAUCCUUAAUAAA